AUGUUGAGAUUCAGUGUGCAUAUCUGGAUUUUAUGGUUGCUUCAUGCAGGCACUUUCUCUGAAGAAAACAUCAACAGAUGUGAACAGCAGCCAUGCCAAAAUGAUGGCAUAUGUGAGAGUCAAAAUGGAGCGUUCAGAUGCCUUUGCUCCCAACAGAGCCAAAAUGGGUACCUGUAUGGUGGGGAGACCUGCACAGUUGCACUUACAGGCUGUGAUGACAACCAUUGCAAGAAUGGAGGAAUAUGCACUCCGCGACUUGUAAAUGACAAGCACACUUAUUCAUGCUUCUGCCCAGCUGGCUUCACAGGCCCAAAAUGCGAGCUCCCCACUGUCUUCUCAUUUGAGACCCAUGGCUACAUGUACAUUGAAACUAAUCUUAAGGACCCAGAGGGCCCUCUUAACAUUAUGUUCAGUUUCAGAACAGGGUGGCCGGUGGGAACCCUCUUGCAGCGCAGAGCUGACGAUCUGCUCCUUACCAUCGAACUGAUGGAUGGCCAUCUACGCCUCAGCAGCCUGAGAGGCCAGGGGUCAAGCACACUGGUCCAGGAGCUUCCGGAGGUUGUGUCAAACAACAAAUGGCACACAGUGGAGGUAUUGCUGGGCAACGCGGUCAACCAGAUCAGGCUGCUCUGUGUUGAGGAGGGCUGCACCAGGGAUGCCAACGUAGAGAUCCAUCUGCUGGAACAAGGGUCUGAUCUCACCGAACCGGGCUCCAUCCACCAAAGCCUCUUCAUAGGAGCAGUGGGAGUGAGCUGGGGUUUGGAGAAAGCAGUCAAUGAAGCUGGCAAUUCUGCAGCUUUUCUGGGCUGCUUUCGAGACGUGUUUGUGGACUCACAACUAGUGGUGCCUGUUGCAAGCUCAGAAUCAAAUGCCCAGGCGAAUGUCACAAUGGGAUGCAGUGACAGAGAUAAGUGUGAUGAGAGUCCAUGUCAGAACCGAGGGCGCUGUGUGAGCCAGGGCUGGAGGAGCUACAUGUGUGAAUGCUACCGUCCAUAUGAAGGAACCAACUGUUCAGAAGAGUACAUUACUGCCAGGUUUGGAAGUGAAAACUUGGAGAGCUAUGCUGUCUUUUCAAUAGAUGACCAUUCCAUGGAUAUGAUGGCUGUGUCCAUGUUUAUCCGCACCAGACAGCCCAGUGGUCUGCUCCUCAUCCUGGCCAACAGCACCAGCCAGUACCUCCGCCUGUGGCUGGAGGAGGGCAGGGUCAAAGUUCAAGUCAACAACUUUGAGACAGUGGCAGGCUACAGCCUGGUCAGCGACGGCCACUUCCACCUGGUGACUGUUAAUCUGGAAGGUGAGAGUGCCAUCUUGUUUCAGUCAGCACAGAACCAGGGCUCCAUCCCCAUUAGACCUGUUCAUGCCCAUCCAGGGGACUUGGUUUAUGUUGGCGGCUUACCAGACUCAGCGGGUUCUGCUUCAUUUGGGGGUUACUUCAAGGGCUGUGUACAGGACCUGAGAAUUAAUAGCAAGCGACUGCAAUUCUACCCCAUUGCAACCUCGGUGGUCUCGUACAGCCUGGAGCAACUCAUCAGUGUUACCCAUGGAUGCAGCAGUGACAAUGCCUGUACUGUCAACCCAUGUCUGAACGGGGGCGUGUGCUAUUCCAUGUGGGACGACUUCACCUGUAACUGCCCCCCAAACACUGCGGGGAGACACUGUGAGGAGGUGAAGUGGUGUGAACUAUCUCCCUGCCCUGCCACUGCCGUCUGCCAGCCCAUCCCCCAGGGCUUUGAGUGUAUGUCUAAUGUUACACUUGGGAGUGAUAGUGGCAUUUGGUCCUACCGAGGCAAUGGGAGGAUCAAGUGUAGCCUCAGAAACGUCUUCCUCGGCCUCCGCACCAGGCAGUCUGACGCCACCAUACUGCAUGCAGAGAAGGGCUCUGACUACCUCACCAUCAGCAUCCAGGACUCCCAUCUGCACCUGGUGCUCCAGGCUGGGGCUCCAGAGGAUUCCCCCAAACUGACCUUGACAACCCACCAUCCGAUCAGCGAUGGGGUGUGGCACACCUUUGAGCUUGGCAUGGAAGACGAGAACCUCCAGAGCUCCAGGUGGACCAUGAUGGUGGACAGAGACAGAGAGGAGCUCCAUGUGUCAGACACUCCUGCUGGGAACCUGGACUUUCUGAGGGAGGGAACAGAUAUCCUCCUUGGGGGAUUGGGCCUCAAAGUUGGGGGGAAGCUAGUGGGGUGUCUGGGGCCUGUGAUGAUCGGAGGACUUCUUUUGCCUUUCCAUGGAGACACAGAGCUGAGCCUGCCCCGACCUCAGAAAGAGCAGUUUUUGAGGGUGAGCGGUAUCGCAGCACCACGCUACGGCUGCUGGGGAACCAGCGUGUGUGAACCCAACCCUUGUCAGAAUCAAGGCAUGUGCGAGGACUUGUUUGACCUGUUGCAUUGCACUUGUCCAUCUGGGUGGGCAGGGCCACUGUGCCAAGACCCAACGGACGCCUGCACCAACAGCCCCUGCGUCCACGGCAUCUGCAUCACACUGUUUGGGGGAUACGAGUGUGUGUGCGAGUUGGGUUACGGCGGUGUACACUGUGAGGAGGAGAUUGACGCAUGUGAGGAGAACGAGUGCAGCACGGGGGCCACGUGCCUCAGAGGAUUUCAGAAUUACGUCUGCCUCUGUCCUCAGAACAUGACGGGCCUAUAUUGCAAUGAGAAAAUUCCAGAAAUCCCAUGGUACUUCACGACAAUUCCCUUUCCUGAACUACCUGUAUCUGUGUGCCUGGGUACAAAAUGGAACUACAGCUGUUUCAAUGGAGGGAACUGCACUCAUGUGGACAACACCUGUGAUUGUCUGCCUGGUUUCAUAGGACAAUGGUGUGAAAGGGAUGUCGACGAAUGCGCAUCAGAGCCCUGCAUGAAUGGAGGCUUCUGUGUCAACCACUUAAACAGUUUUGAGUGCAUGUGUGAUUUGAAUUACUCGGGCAUCCACUGCCAAAUUGAUGUCAGUGACUUCUACUUCUAUCUCUUCUUGGCCCUGUGGCAGAACCUGUUUCAGAUUGUGUCGUAUCUCAUGAUACGCCUCGAUGACGGUCCAGAGAUCGACUGGGGGUUCAACUUAGAGGACUAGCGCCAUUUCUCAAAGUUACAAUAUAAGUGGACAAUUGGCAUUGCUUGAGGACCAAGUCUAUUUGCUCAGCAAACUAGGAGCUAUGCUCAAUUGCAGAAAGUUGUUCCCUUGUUUCUCAUUUUAAAACCCUUCUGUACCACUCAAAAUUGGAUUGAGUCAUAUCGAUGUUGCCACCAAGGCUGUGCUUUUAUGAGGCUACCUAUGAAAACAUCUCAGUAGAAAUCUUGA